AUGGCAUAUCUAGAUUAUUCGAAUAACAGCAGAACCCGUCAAUUGAUGUGUAUUCGAAUCAUAGAAGCAGGUAAUCAACGAUAUGCUUCUAUUGGUGACAUUGUUGUUGCUGUAAUCAAGGAAGCGGUACCAAAUAUGUCUUUAGAAAGAUCAGAAGUGAUUAGAGCUGUAAUUGUACGUACUUGUAAGGAACUUAAACGUAGCAAUGACAUGAUAAUACAAUAUGAUGAUAAUGCUGCGGUUGUCAUUGAUCAAGAGGGAAAUCCAAAAGGAACUCGAAUUUUUGGUGCAAUCGCCCGCGAAUAUGCCUCAUGCAAGCUGCAUCCGGGUUCGAAUCCCAGCUGA